UUCUCGGACCUCAUUUGAGAGAGCUAGAGAAACAAAGAGAGGGGAGAGAGAGAGAACCAUGGAGAGCCCAACAGAGCCUCUCCUCUUGUUAUCAGAAACUAGGGAGCUAGUUGAUAUCGGGCCUAUUAAAGGCCCAAGGGAUUUGUGGAGAGAGUUCAAGGCUGAGUCCAGGAAGCUGUGGUUUCUAGCUGGGCCAGCCAUAUUCACCUCAGUAUGCCAGUACUCUCUCGGAGCCAUCACCCAGACCUUCGCCGGCCAAGUUGGUACCCUUGAGCUUGCCGCCGUCUCCGUUGAGAACUCCGUUAUCUCCGGGUUCUCAUUUGGUGUCAUGUUGGGUAUGGGAAGUGCACUAGAAACCCUAUGUGGCCAAGCAUACGGUGCAGGGCAACUCGAUAUGCUAGGCAUCUACAUGCAACGCUCAUGGGUGAUCCUCAAUACCACAUCCCUCCUCCUAACCCCCAUCUACAUCUUUGCUGGCCUCAUCCUCCGUGUCAUUGGCCAGACCGAGGCAAUCUCAGCCUCAGCGGGAAAAUUCUCCUUGUGGAUGAUCCCCCAGCUCUAUGCUUACUCAAUGAACUUCCCCAUAUCAAAGUUCCUACAAGCGCAGAGCAAGAUGAUGGUCAUGGCCGCAAUCUCCGCAGCUGCUUUACUUCUACACACGUUCUUCAGUUGGUUGGUGAUAUUGAAGCUCGGGUGGGGGCUCGUGGGUGCAGCGGUCGUGCUUAAUGCGUCCUGGUGGUUCAUUGUGGUUGCUCAGCUCGUGUACAUAUUUUGUGGGGCUUGUGGGAGAACAUGGAGUGGGUUUUCUUGGAAAGCAUUUCAUAGUCUUUGGGGCUUUGUUCGCCUUUCCCUCGCCUCUGCUGUCAUGCUUUGCUUGGAAGUCUGGUACUACAUGGCACUGAUACUUUUCGCUGGAUAUCUAAAAAAUGCUGAGAUUGCUGUUGAUGGACUGUCAAUAUGUGUGAACAUACUAGGGUGGGCAGUUAUGGUUGCCAUUGGAUCCAAUGCCGCCACAAGUGUAAGGGUGUCUAACGAACUCGGUGCAUGCCAUCCAAGAACUGCAAAAUUCUCAGUUAUAGUGGUCGUCAUAACUUCAUUCUUGAUAGGCCUUGUCCUUUCCUUGCUUUUGAUCACAACGAGAAAUCAGUAUCCAUCGCUAUUCACCAAUAGUGAUGAGGUGAAACAGCUUGUGAUUAUGCUCACACCAUUGCUUGUCAUUUCAAUUAUUAUAAACAAUGUGCAGCCUGUCCUUUCAGGGGUUGCAAUAGGAGCAGGAUGGCAAGCAGCAGUUGCAUAUGUAAAUGUCGGUUGUUAUUAUGUAUUUGGCAUUCCCCUCGGCCUUGUCCUUGGUUAUAAGGUUAACUUGGGCGUACAGGGCAUUUGGUAUGGAAUGCUAGCUGGCACUGUGGCUCAAACGUUAAUUCUAUUUUGGAUGACUUACCGAACAGAUUGGAACAAAGAGGCGUCCAUUGCUGGGGACAGGAUAAGAAAAUGGGGAGGAGAACCAGAAGACAUUGUCGAUGAGAUUGAGAAAUAGAGCAAGAGCAGAAACUCGGAUAGUCUAUAUAUUGCAAGGGAAGGCCAAUUUCUUUCAAAGCAUGCAUGCUUCGGAAUCACACAUUUCAACUUAAUAGAAGAAGCUUUCACCCAUUUCAAGUUUAAUAGAAGAAGCUUUUCUAUUGUUAUAGAUUUAUAUCAGGUUAAGUCAAAUGAGAUGCAUCUUGAUUAGUUUUCUGCCAAAAUUUUUAUAAGAAGAAGUUUUUCUAUUGUUAUAGAUUUAUGUCAGGUUAAGUCAAAUGAGAUGCAUCUUGAUUAGUUUUCUCCCAAAACUCCUAGAACUUGUCCUUUUUUAAAGCCCGCAAAUUGCAAAAGUAAGCUCAUUAAACUUUAACCUUC